AUGAAUUUGCUAUUGGCCUUCAAGGGGGACUUUGCAGCUGCCAACACCAGCCAGAACUUGGGAGCCCUCCCCAACAUCUCAACUGCAGAGAGACCUUUUCCGUGCAUUACGCCUUCUGGCAAGUUCCUGGUUGCCACCCAUCAGCGUUAUCUAAUGGGGCGUGAAGCGAUGAUCCUUCAGGGAAUUCCUAUCCACCACCUGGACAUCUCGACGCGCACCGAGAGCGACGAGUCCAAUUCUAGCGGUGAAGACUCUUCGUCAUCGGAGGUGCUGGAUCUUGCCUCAGGGGUUGUUGAUCUGUCCCUUCAGCGAUUGCAAUCGCUGCAUGCUGUGGAGAAGGAGUCAAACCGAGAGCCCAGGGGUGAAUAUGUUAAUGGUGGCCUGUCGAAGGCCAGAUGCAAAAAGGUGUUGGACAAGCCCCGACCCCACGCACGAAGUGCAACGAAGUCGGCUUCUGUAAACUCCUUCUUCGUGCACAUGUACUGGAGUGCCGGUGAGACCAUGACCGUAUUGGAGACCCCAAAAUCUAUGCUGGACAUUUCGGAUGAGACCCUACGAGAAGAUUUACUGAACCGCCUGAUUGACAGCAAGUUGAUGGGGCCUGCCUUGCAAAUCGGUUUCCACCAUAGUCCAGAGGGGUUACCAGAGAGAAAACUACCACAUGGCAACUGGGCAACGCUCUUCCUGCUCUAUGUUGCAUACUGCCAAUCAGCUGGGGAAGAUCCAGCAUGCAAAUCAGUUUUCUAUGAUGUUGCAAAGCGUUGGAAAGUUUGUCUUCGGUUUCAUAAGCCUUCCGUCCAUUCAACCUGCCUUCUUUGUUCGACUUUGAAAGCACAAAUAGCCAAUGCAAGCGAUUUCAAGGAGCAUGCACGUCUUUGCGACGUUUUACUUGGCCACUACACCCAACAAUGGAGGGAUCGCGAGAUCUACUGGAUGGCUCGAGAUCGCUCUCGAGCCAUCCGUGACAUGCUGACAAUGAUCGUUGACUCUUACGAUCAUCAGAAAAUGAUGCUUCCCCGGUUGUUCCCUCGUCGGCGACCCCCAAAGUCAAGUGUCUAUGAAACAAUCAGGCGAACAUCUUUGACCUUGACCUGCAGUAUAGCUCAUGGAUGGGGCAUCUACUUCUUCAUUGGUGGUGAAGGCAUGCCUGGAGGAGCUAACUGGACCUUGGAGGUUGUGUCUUGGCUGCAUGGUGGGUCGUGCUGGGAUUGGUUUUCCUUGCCCCUUUGA